AUGCGUACAGCCGCGCCGUCCCUGCUCUCGUGCUCGUCCACGGCCAGUGUCGCGCGUUCGCUACAGAUUUGGCGCGAGUACCAAUGGCCAGACUUUCGGCCGCGUGCAUCAAGUGACCCAGCACCGACAGCGCCCCGACGACGCCGCCGCAACUGGCUUGUGCCGCUUGGACUAGCUAUACUCGGUGUUCUCGGGAUCGUCGCGGUCGUUUUGACCGUCACGACGAUUGUCAAGCGCGUUUUACCCGUGGCCGCUACGCCGACACCGGUACCCCACGCGCCGUCGGCCACGACCGCACCCGCACUUGCUGCGACGAACUCGCCACAAGCGACAGGCUCGUACGCCACGCCUUUGCCCAGCUCCAAUGAUCGCUUCAUGUACGCGCCAGACCCGUACACGAUUGUGUUCCCGUUCAACAGCUCCCAAGAAGAGCCCCGGUCGACCAAAGUCUCGCGCUUCGGCGAAACGGAGAGUCCAACCGACGACGAGGACGACGUCCUUUUGCCCGAAGAAAACCAAGUGCAUGCGCAGCUCGCACGGCUACGCAAUGCUAUGGGCAUGGAAAACGUUCCGUUCUACAGCCGCGAGAUCGCUCUACGCAUCGGCAGCCUGGCCAACAACUGCUCCAGCUAUGUGAAUGCAACCGAGCUACCCCAGAUUGUCCACGUACCGACUGUCAAAUGCUCAGCGGACGCCUGCGUCCAUACGCUGGGGCCGAUUUGGACCUGGUUCGAGGCUGGCUUUGCGCAGUGGAAUGAGACAGCCAACGAGUGUAUGCAGCCAGCGUCACACGCGUGCCGGGCGCUCCGAGGCUGGCUCAACCCGGAUUUGACCGAGUACGGCUCCCCGAUCGAGCCUGCUGGCGCCGAGUCUGAAGCGCGGUCGACGGACCUGGCCGCUGUGGGAACCUUGGUACCUCCGCCGUCGCCGUCGCCGUCACCCAUGGGACGCCCAAAGCUCGUGCUGCAGCUCUCUUCCGUGGACGAACCACCGCCGGCACCGGUUGCGGGCAUGCUAGGCGCACUCAAGGCGCACCACAAAGAGCAAAUCAGCCCCGAAGAGAGCUUGAAAGAGGUCCAGGGCGACGGACCCGCCGAUCUUGCGACCGAUACGUGCCGCUUCAAGCGCUUGGGCAAGGGGGCGGGCGGUGCCGUGUACCUCGCUUGCUAUCUUCCAUCGUUACAGCUUAUCGCGAUCAAAGAAGUCGUAAUGCACCACGUCGAAGACCAACACAUGGUAGCCCACGAGCUCCAUGCGCUUCACGACAACCUCGUGCCGCUCGUGCAAGCGGCCACGCACAAGUCCAUCAA